AUGUCGCAACUGCUCUGUGCUCCAGGAGAAAAGUGCAUGCUGAUGUGGGGAGAUGAGAAAGGCUCUGUAAAUGUAUUGUGGUUUCUUCACCCUUUUAAGGGGCUCUUCAUGAAUCCAUUCACUAACAAAACUGCCCCUGCGCAUGUUUUUAUGCCAGACAUUAGUGCCCACAGUGCACUGAUCUCCUAUCAGCAAAUCCCACAAAUCCACAGAGAGCCAAUCAACAGAAUCCUGUAUGAGCACCACGGUGAGCUCAUUGUUACUUCAUCUGAAAGCCCAGACAGCUCUGUGGUUAUCAUUGAUAUCAAUCAGAAGAGAGAAAAUUAUAUUUGGAGAAUCGAAGAGGGAGUUAUGUGUUUUGACUUCAGCUGUUCUCUCAACCUCCUGGUAACUGCUGGAGUGGAUGCUGCUGUAAGACUGUGGAACCGCUACGUGACUUCUCAACCUACAGCCGUUCUGCGCAGUCAUCAGACUACUGUGGUGGAUGUGGUUAUUCACCAAGCAAUGAGCAAGAUCUUCAGCUACUCUAGAGACUCUGUGCUAAACAUAUGGGAUAUAUCUUCUCAUCAAUGCGUAAAGACAAUCGAGCUGAAAUUCCCUAAUUUCCAAGCAGGCCUUAUUCUAGAACAUGGCAGAUUUCCUCUGCUCCUCAGCCUGACUGAAGAUCCUGCCCUCCUGGUGACCUGUAGGGAGUAUCUGGCCAUGCUGAGACUGCUCAAAACAGAGCCCAACAAAAGCUCUAAACUCUACAGCUGUGUCCUUUACAGUCCUUGUCUUGAACAGGUUAUCACAGCCUGUGCUGACUCUACAUUGGCUGUGUGGGAUGUGAAGACAGGCGUGAGGAAGAUGGAAAUAAGGAAUGCUCAUGGUAUGGAGAAUAUUUCCUGCAUUGCACUGGACAGAAGCCAACGCAGACUGAUCUCUGCAGCCACCAACGGCACUAUCAAGGUUUGGAACGCCCUGAAUGGCCACAAUCUUCACAAGUUAGAAGCUGUCUCCAAUACAGAGGUUACUGGGAUCAUCUGUCACCAUGACAACCAGCUUAUAGCCACAGGAUGGAGUCGACUGAUUGCUCAAUAUAGCAUUGCAUUUUCAAAUGACACUUAUGUUAAAGCAGACCUAUCCUGGAAGUCUGGCCGUCAGCACAGUGAGGAUAUCAUAGCCAUGGAUCACUGCCCAAGUCUGGGACUUCUGGCAACUGGGAGUUACGAUGGAGAAAUUAUUAUAUGGAGCAUGGAUCUUCAAAAGCCAAUAACAAGAUUGCAGAGAUCGUGUGGGGGUAGAGUAUAUCCGCCAGUUCGUAGGCUGCUGUUCCUGCAAAGACGAGCUCAGCAAAGUGGUUUGAGAAACAGUGCCGUGCUGCUCAGCUCACAGGCCGGAUCUGUCUGCUGGUGGAGCAUCUAUGGACCCAAGCACAAACAUGGGCAGUUCUAUGUGCCUGGUGAAUCUAAUAAAAGUGUGACAGGUUUAAGUUCAGACCAGGAAAAUAGUCUACUGGUUACUGGAGACACCACAGGAUCCAUCAAGGUGUGGGACAUCUCACACUACGCCUUAUCAUCUGGAGAUGAGCCUGCAGAAGAAUUGCCCCCACUGUUACACUCUUGGAAGGGCCAUAAAGAGGCCAUAGUGAACAGUGAGAUCCUGGUGUACGACUCACGACUCUUUGUGCUGAGCGUGUCGGUGGAUUGCAAGGCCUGUCUUUGGACCAGUGAUGGAAGUUGUGUGGGCUUUUUUGGACAGGAUGAGCGAUGGGAUUUGAGCAAACCAGACACUUAUCAAAUCAACAGGUAUAUGGGCACAUCUGUCAUUAACCUAAAUGUUUAGCAAACUAUGAUA